AUGAAAAUUAUUUACCUCGUAAUAGGGAUACUAUAUUUUGUGGGACAUGGUUUAUGUCGAAAACAAUCGGGGAAUGAGGAUUCGGAUCCCUUGGAAUUGAUUCAGGACAAGUUAGAACGCCUUUUGAAGAAAACAAAAGGUGUGCGGGAUCAUCUAGACAUUUUGGAAAAGAAAAUUGAUGAACUUGAGAAAAGAUCAAAUGCUCAACUAGCCCAAAUGGCAGAACUGCAGUAUGCCAAUUGGACCACCAUACAAAGACGUCAGGAUGGUACGGAAGAUUUCUAUCGAAACUGGACUGAAUAUCGUAUGGGAUUCGGCACUUCCGAAAGGGGUGAAUUCUUUAUGGGGCUUGAAAAAUUACACCAACUAACCUCGGAGAAGCCUCAUGAGCUGCUGAUAAUUUUGAAAGAUUGGGAAAAUGAUACCCGUUAUGCCCAUUACAAUAAUUUUCGAAUUUCGGGAGAGGAGGGGAAAUAUGCCAUUAUCGAAUUGGGUGAUUAUAGUGGCACGGCAGGUGAUGGCAUGGACUAUUAUAUGGGUCAGAAAUUCUCCACCUUCGAUAGCGACAAUGAUGAAGAUGAUGAGACCAAUUGUGCUGAACUUUAUAAAAGUGCCUGGUGGUUUAAAACGUGUGCUCUAAGGUAG